AUGUCUCUCAAGUACCUCCUGACCGCGCUGGCCGCUUCCCAGCUGGCUUUCGCCGAUGACGACUGUGGUGACACUACCGUCGAGAACCAGAGCGAUGUCGAUGCCCUCGCCUCUUGCUCCACCCUCAAGGGUGAUCUGACCAUCAAGAAGACCUACAGCGGUGAGGUUUCCCUGAGUGGUGUCUCCAAGAUCACCGGUGGUAUCAUCUCCAGCGGUGCCUCCAACGUCAGCUCCAUCUCUGCUCCUCUCCUGGAGUCCAUUGGCGACAAGUUCGAUCUCGAGGGUCUCACCACCCUGACUCUGCUCAGCUUCCCCGAGCUCACCUCCGUUGGCUCUAUCAACUGGGACGCUCUUCCCAAGCUCCAGUCUCUGAACUUCGACACUGGUGUUACCAAGGCCGGCAACGUCCAGAUCUCCAACACUGGUCUGACCAACCUGAACGGUAUCUCCCUGAUGACCGUCGGUACCUUCAGCAUCCAAAACAACCGUGACCUGAAGAACAUCAACAUCAACAACCUGAAGAACGCCACCGACCUGAUCAGCUUCUCGGGUAACUACGACACUCUCGAGAUUGACCUCCCCAACCUCGGUACCGGUACCAACAUGACCUUCCAGAACAUCUCUUCCGUGUCUGUUCCUUCUCUCGAGAAGCUCACCGGUCAGCUCGGUUUCUGGGGUACCAAGUUCGAGACUUUCUCCGCUCCCAACCUGACCCAGACUGGCGACCUUAUCUUCAACGACAACUCCAAGCUGUCCAACAUCUCCAUGCCCAACUUGAAGACCGUUAACGGUGGAUUCACCAUUGCCCGUGACGACAAGCUGUCCGUCAUCUCUCUGUCCAGCCUCGAGACCGUCAAGGGUGCCAUUGACUUCUCCGGUACCUUCGACAAGAUCUCUCUUGGCAAGCUCAAGGAUGUUGAGGGUGCCUUCAACAUGCAGUCCACCCACGGCAAUUUCAGCUGCGACGACUUCAAGAAGCUCAAGAACGAGGAUGUCAUCAAGGGUCACUUCACCUGCAAGGCUGACACUGAUUCUCCCACCACCUCCAACGGCAAGUCUGGCACCUCCAGCUCCACCUCUAGCAGCUCUUCCAGCACUUCUUCCGGUGCUGCCUUCAUGACCGGUGCCAACGUCCCCAUUGUUGGUCUCGCCGCCGUUUUCGGUGCUCUUGCCCAGCUCCUGUAA